UUGGGUGGAAAGUGGGGGGAUAAUGGUUUUAUCUUCGGUGAAGGUUCAUUACGUUCCGAUCCGAUCCAGUGGUGUCGCGUCGUAGUCUUCGUUAAAGCGGCUCCUUGAUAGAUAAAUAUUCCUGUUACGAAAUGCAGAAGUGGUUUUCAGGCUCCAGCGCCGGCGAUGAUGCUCGGCAGCAGCAGCAGCAAACGACUGCCGCGUCUUCUCCGUCUCUCUUGGCUGAUUGGAACUCAUAUGCUUCCACAAAAGCGUCUGAUGGCGACGGCGCCAGUAGUUCCCUCAUUGCCGCAUUCGAUCUCGAAGCUGCUGUGCGGUCCGCAAACGACACCGUGUCUGGUACUUUCAACGUAGUUUCAAAAGGAGUGAGAGACAUACCAGGGAGUUUGCAGUCUGCCACCAGUAAUAUUCCCUCUGGAAAAGCGCUCAUGUACUUUGGCUUAUUUCUAGCAAGUGGAGUCUUAUUCAUUUUCAUGGCAUUUGCUUUGUUCCUUCCUGUUAUUGUGUUGGUGCCUCAGAAGUUUGCUAUUUGCUUCACUCUUGGAUGUUGUUUCAUCAUCGGGUCAUUCUUUGCCCUUAGAGGUACAAAGAAUCAGUUUGCCCACAUGUCAUCAAAGGAGAGACUUCCUUUUACACUGGGGUUUUUAGGCAGCAUGAUAGGCACUCUUUAUGUGUCUAUGGGGCUCCAUAGCUAUAUCCUUUCUGUUCUCUUCUCUGUGAUUCAGGUUAUGGCAUUGCUGUACUAUGCAGUUUCAUAUUUUCCUGGUGGAUCUGCUGGACUUAAGUUUCUAUCAUCAUCUAUGGUUUCUUCAGUAUUGAAAUGCUUUGGAAGGUGACAUUAGCAAAAAUGUUUCUGUGAGAUCUUUUUUAAUCAAGUUUUAAAAGAAGCCUGUCUGUAACUGGUCUAGGGUGCAUAUCUUUUUGUUGGUAGGCUGACUGUUGCUCAACUCUGUAAGCAUCCGAUUUUUUUCCCAGAAUUAUGUGUCACUUGUUGUAUAUUCUGUUUUUGGCAUUUGAGUAUUGAUUGAGUGAUUAUUUUCAGUUAAAGCAAA